AAAAUAAAAAAAUCUGAAAGUAAACUUUUGCUGACCCCUGAAAACUUCAAUUUUUAUUUCUGAUUUCUGAUAUUCCGAUAUUCUGACAAUUCUGCAAUUGUUCUUUGUCUUUGCAUUUGGUUUUGUUGUUCUAAUUGCUGUUGUUAUUAUCAUUUGCAUUUUGUUUAUUAUCUUCCAUCAUGCUGCUCAUCCGAAGAACACACUGCCAGCGCAACCUCCUCCGCUCUCUCCGCUACUCCUCCUCCUCUUCCUCCUCCUCCUCCUCCUCCUCAUCGCCAACCACCCCCAACGCAGACACCACCACACAAUCCGCCCCCCGCCGGAUAUCAUACGAACCUCCACGUCUCCCCCCUCUCGACCUCUCCUCUACAAAGAACACCCGCCGCGGCUGGCGCCCCAGCACACCCGUCAAAGCAGCGCUCGGCAUCGCCGGCGCGCUCUACGCAGCCUACCUCUUUAAGACGCACUUUGUCGACGACACCCACACCAUCCCGCCGUCCGACCUCCCAUCCGCCCCCGCGCUUGACCCGGCUGCGUUCUCGACCUUUAUCCUCACGCACCGCGAGAAAGUCGCUGACGACCUCUACAUCAUCGAGCUCUCGCCUCCCUACGAAAAGGUAAAGCACCUGCAAAAGUCCCGCAAGAAGCGCACGCCCGAAAACGACCCGCGCGACCCCCCGCUCGCAAACGAUCCGGGUCUUAUUGGCGUUUGGGACGGGUCCCGGACCUGGUCGAUCGAAGUCGUGCAGCCGCAGCUGCAGGUCGUGAGAAAGUACACUCCCCUUCCGCUCUACUACGUCCUCGGCCUGCGUCCGUCAUCCACCUCGCCGUCAGGCACCGAGCGCACCGCCCUGCUCCGCAUCCUAGGCCCGACCCCGGACGACGACGAAGGCAAGCUCGUGCUCGUCGUCCGCCGCUACGCAGACGGCGAACUCUCCCGCUACCUCUGCGGCAUCCCCAUCAACUCCCGCGUCGCCGUCCGCGGGCCCUUCACCGAACUCUCGCUCCCGGAAUCCGUCCAGCCUCGGAGCAUAACCGACGCCAAACGCCGCCAUCUCGCGCUCAAAGCACCGUUCAUCCUCCCCUUGCUCACGCCGAUGUCGGACUCGCCGUCCUCGCUCCCGCCGCCGCUCGCUCGGCCCCAGGUCCCUGCCGACAUCGUCUUCUUCGCCGCGGGAACGGGUAUCGCGCCCGUGCUGCAGCUCUUGCUCAGUAAAAACCCGCCUCCGGGACAGACAAUAAUCCACUACUCUGUCCGCACGCGCGCCGACGCUUCCGCAUUCAACCGCAUCCUGCUCUUCCUCGAGCGCGCGGGUCGCGCCCAAGUCCACCUGCACGUCGACGACGAACGCACCCGUCUCAAUCCUUCCGACGUCCCGCGCCCGACUUCCGCAACCGACCUCGAACGCUACGCGGCCUCAACGCAAGGCAAAUCCGAGCGCGACAGAUUCUACUCUGAAAACAGCGCUGCAAACAAGUUUGCAAACGCGGUCGAGUGGACGGACGCGCGGAAUAAGGCGUUUCGCGGGAAACCGCCUGCGCGGCCGAUGUUUGCGAUCGUCUCUGGACCGGAGGGGUUUGUGGAGUAUGUCGCGGGAAAACGCGCGGACGUGUCGACUUUGAACUCGCCGGUUGGGACGAGGCCGGUGGAGGACGAUGGUAAUGAGCAGGGCAAGGUUGGUGGGUUGCUGAAAAGUAAAGGAUGGGACGAGUCGAACGUGUAUAAACUAUAACUGCUCUGAUCCUAGAUGUAAAUACUUAAUCUUUGAUGUAAAUACUAUGUGUUCUAUGCCAUUCAAAACGUCCUAUGUAUAUAGCUACGUGAAAACACCGCUCUAUCAUCAAGAUAGAAUGAACGUACAAACAGAAACAUGAAUAUGAAUAACUCCAGCCGAUCCCAUAAACAAAGUAGACAAAGUAAACAAAUAGGCAAAUAAAAUCAACUCUCGUAAUCCUCCAUCGGAAUCGUGUCCUUGACCACGAUAAUCUCCUUGGACAACAACUCCCUCAGCACAU